CAUGUGACCCUGUUUGGCUCAUCGCUGCGCCGCGCUGGAAGCUCCCCAGGCAAGGUGCUACCUUUCAUUCAGAUCCAUCCAUUCUGCAUCCACGAUCCUCCACAACCCUACCUCUUUAGAUUGCACUCUCGACUCGGCUUUCCUAUCUAUCCCUUUACACUCGGUGAACCUGUCGUUCGACCGUCCUUCAUCAUGAGCGACCCGGAGCGCGACCAGUCGCUCGAGGACUAUAAAAAGAGCUUGCUCGAGCUACGAGAGUGGGAAACUAAGCUGAAGACUCUCCGAUUGGGCAUCAAGGAUCUCCAGCGGGAGUUUGAUAUCUCCGAGGAGAACAUCAAGGCGCUACAAAGUGUGGGUCAGAUCAUCGGCGAGGUGUUGAAGCAGCUUGAUGAAGAGCGAUUCAUCGUCAAGGCGUCGUCCGGGCCUCGAUAUGUCGUCGGUUGUCGGUCAAAGGUGGAUAAGGCCAAGAUGAAGCAAGGCACACGUGUGGCCUUGGAUAUGACAACACUCACCAUCAUGCGGAUGUUACCUCGUGAGGUUGAUCCUUUGGUGUACAACAUGUCUCUGGAGGAUCCCGGGUCGGUCAACUUUGCCGGUAUUGGUGGUCUCAACGACCAGAUCAGAGAGCUUCGAGAGGUUAUUGAACUGCCCUUGAAGAACCCAGAGCUCUUCCACAGAGUUGGUAUCAAGCCUCCAAAGGGUGUCUUGCUCUACGGUCCUCCGGGCACUGGUAAGACGCUGCUUGCACGAGCAGUGGCCAGCUCGAUCGAAACCAAUUUCCUGAAGGUGGUCUCAUCGGCUAUCGUUGAUAAGUAUAUCGGUGAAUCCGCUCGACUGAUCCGAGAAAUGUUCGGAUACGCCAAGGAACACGAACCCUGUAUCAUCUUCAUGGACGAGAUUGACGCCAUUGGUGGACGAAGAUUUUCGGAGGGUACCUCAGCAGAUCGAGAAAUUCAGCGGACGCUGAUGGAGUUGCUGAACCAGCUGGAUGGUUUCGACUACCUAGGAAAGACGAAGAUCAUCAUGGCAACCAACCGACCCGACACACUGGACCCCGCUCUGUUGCGUGCUGGUCGUCUGGACCGAAAGAUUGAGAUUCCUCUUCCUAAUGAGGUCGGCCGCCUGGAGAUCUUGAAGAUCCACACGAGCACGGUUCAGCAGGAGGGUGAUAUCGACUUUGAGAGUGUGGUCAAGAUGAGUGACGGUCUUAACGGUGCUGAUCUUCGAAAUGUUGUUACCGAAGCGGGUUUGUUCGCGAUCAAGGAUUACCGCGACGCCAUCAACCAGGAUGACUUCAACAAGGCUGUACGGAAGGUCGCAGAGGCGAAGAAGCUGGAGGGCAAGCUUGAGUACCAGAAGCUGUAAUUGUAACUAUCUUGGGCAAGUAGCCUUUAGUGCGUGGUUUAGAUCUUUCUCAUGAAGCGCUAAUACUAUGCAUUUAACUAUCUUGCUGCUCCAACUUGUGGCGUAGAUCGCAAGUUUUGCUCAGUAGGGUCCAAAUUAGAAUAUAA